AUGGCGAGUGUUCGUCUUAAGCAUUCUGUGGUUCAUUUUUGUACUGGCGCUCUCAUCACUGAGUAUUUCGUCGCGUCAGUCGCCACAUGCUUCGUCCGCAUCAACUUGGUUGAAAAUCUUUACACAUUCCCAGAUGUCCAAAACAUCGUCGUCCAGCUUGGCUCUCGUUAUCUGGAAACAAAAGUCGAUCCGACGUUCACCAUCGUCGAAAUCGAAAACGUCCUGCUUCAUCCCAAGUUGCAGGUAGAUAUUCGAGGUAUUAGAAACGACGCGGCCAUUUUAGUAACCAAGCGUGCUUUACCACAGCAAAUUAAGCCUGUCAGUUUCAUCUCUUAUUCAGAGGAGAAAUUAAUGAAUGAGUUUACAAUGUUAAAUAAAAACGAAUUGUUUUGUCAGCUAUUGGGCUGGGCUGAGUCACCGCCAUCUCCGUUAAUGGCCGAUGAACAGAGGAUCGCCGAUGAUCUGAUAAGUGAGGCGUUACAAGUGUUAAAAGUCAGGCUGGUCCAGGACGACGAAUGUUUGUACCUACUGUGCGUUGAUAACAAGAAUAUGUGCUCUUUAAACUUCUCUGAUUUGAAUCUGUUCUGCGUCCAGGCGGUAAAAACGGUGACCGGUUCUUGCAGAUCGUAUGUCGGCAAUUCGUUGAUCUGCGGUGGAUUUCUUUGGGGUUUGGGUUCCGCAUUGACAGCAGGCCGUAAUCCUUGUGAUGGAAAGAACCUACCUAUGGUUAUGAUAAGACCAGACCUGUUUAUCAAUACGAUGUACAAGGGAAUUAAAGUUCACGUCCCAAUUAAGUCUGAUGCCUUCACUGCUUUGCCCUUCAUUAUAUUUCUAGUUACUAUAUCCGUGGUUCUACUGCACUUCUAA